CUGCAACCUGAGGCGACGCAACCGGAAUGACGACAUAUGAAAUGGUAGUCAUCGCCAUUGCUGUAUGGCGAGAUAUGUUAUUUAUGUAGCGAUUAAACCUUAUGGGAAUAAACCAUGAGUUCUUCGGGUGAAAAACACGGCACCAAACGUCCGGCAUCCUCAACUGAAGAGGAGUCGACCCAGUGGGCUUCCGCUGACCUGGGAAGUGACGAGAGGAAACAGAAGUUUCUACGGCUGAUGGGCGCCUCUAAGAAAGAACACACGGGACGUCUUGUCAUUGGAGACCACAAGUCGACGUCACACUUUCGCAGUGGGACGGAGGAUGAGAAAAUCAGCGAGCGUCUGGAGAUGCAGUACCAGCGCGGCAUGGACGGUAAGCUGUCAGGACGGGACCGGAGACACUGCGGCCUUGGCUUCAGUGAGUCCGAGCCUCCUGAUGUGCCUCAAGAGAAAGCUCAGAAGCCGGACACGCCCAAGUCAGAGACUCCACACAGCGAGUCCAAAAGCCCCGAGGACAAAGUCGGUGACACUAAGUCGGCAGAGACCGCGACAGAAAAGGACAAAAGCGUCGCUGAGAAAAGCGAAAUUGCUGAACGGAAAAACAUGUACAAAAUGUCUUUUGUCAAGUCAUCAUAGGAGACCUUUUUUUUCUUUUUUCACUUUUUACAGCAUAUAAAAGUCAGUUUUAGAACUUUCCCCGACAUCAAUCAUUUUGGUAAAAAGGAGACAUCAGAAACGACUUAUUUGCUCAUUUAUUUUGUAAAGUUAAAAACUGGACACCCUUGUUAGUAGCAAAUACAUUAUGUGACUAGUGGGUGAUUUCAUUUUAAUAAGAAUAAAUGUGUUGUCAAUGCCUGUUAAAUGUUUGCGUUGCAUUUCAAAACCCUUUCACGUAGUCUCCUCUAGGGGGACACUGGUGAUGGUCACUGGCCAGCAGCAGCUGCAGCUUUGGUGAAGAGAAGAAUAUAUUAUUCAGUUAUACUUCACAAUAAAUGGCUGCAAAAGUCCUUAAAAAUCAGUUUAGGUCCAUUUUAAUUUACAUCCUAUGUUCUUAGGGAGUUAAAAUUGACGUUGCAUUUUGAUGUGAGAAAUUUAGGGAAUAUACAAAUUGAGACAUGGAGUUUGGGGUUACUACUGUUAUUAACAGCGAUUUUGCAAACGAUUGAAAAAGUUUCUCAUGUAUGCCUUGUUACAGUAAGUGUUAUGCAGUAGCCUAAUGCAUGUGUGAAACCAGUUUGUGUGUGUGUGGUAUAGGUCAUAACUAUGCAAAAAGCAGUUUUAUGAAGUUUGACCCCAUCUGGCUCCGUGGCGACCUUUAUGUUAGGGAGUUCCGGCAAGAAAUUCUAGCCCCUUUCCCCCUUGAUCGUAAUUAAAAUUCUAGAAAUGUUUUUAAUGACAAAUUUGGGUUACGUACUUUCUGCCAAAAAGUGAAAGCAUUUAAUUGGUUUGCCUGUCACUAUAUGUUGCUAGCAUAGAUUGAGGAUCAAAGAUUUAAUAGUUGUAGUAAUGAAACUGAAAAAAAUACCUGAUGAGGCCAGAGUUCAUCUAAAAAGCAUGUUAAAUAUAAUAGUAAGCCAUCGUAAUGUUCUGCCAUUUAAACAUUAGCAUUGAACAAAAAAUAAUUUCAAAAGAAACGACAUUAAAGAAGAAAUCUACCUAAACUGUACUGUACUCCAGCAUUAUUUCCCGUACCACAAUUUCAAAAUCACUUGUCAGUAGCAGUGGUCCCCAACCUUUUUUACACCACGGACCGGUCUUAAGUAGGCCUUUUUUCACAGACCAGCAAUGUGUGGCAGAAAAUGACAGUAAAUAUAAAAUAACACGACGGGGCUAAAAACAAACAUUAGGGAAAAUGUAUGUCACCAUGCGUUGAAUCAACCUUUUUUAACAGUGAACUCUCCUAAAACUUGACAACAAAUAUUCUUGAUCGCAGGCAUAAUGAGUUCUCCAAACAUGAAAGCUUUCUUGGCUUUAGCAAUACGGUUCGCCACGAGGUAUAAUGCUCUCAGUGCAUUCGCUUUUGUUGCCUCGUUUGCUAGCUUUUAACCACAUAUUAUGCAGAAUGGACUUGGUUGUAAGUGCCUCUUCUGGCUCUGUUGUCCUUUACCCGUAAAAAUAAACUUUCCAAAGACGUCUGCACCCACAGCACACAGCCGCUGACGUUACUGUUUACAUUGGCUGACGCUGGGCUGCUAUAGACCCCAAUUACCAACGUCACACAAUCACGUGAUCGCUGUAUUGUGCCGCCAUAUUGUCCGUCGUUGUGUGUCCUAUUGUCAUUGAUCGUAGUUUCUAAAGGUGGAUUCACUUGCAAAUUAUGGAAGCCCCGGUGCUUUCAGACGUUGUAAACUCAUUGGAUGAGUUGCAUAAAAGCAGUUAUUUGGAAAAGCUUCGGUCGAUCCAGUCGCCAGAUCCAUAUUUGAUGCCCAAACCGAUGUUUCCUCCCGUAUGGUCCUGUCCCGUGCGUCAGACCUCGUCCUCAGACCACAAAAUUUCCAAUCAUACUCCAGUUUAUGUCACGAUGAGGAGUCGGGUACCCAAAAUCAGCACCGGUCCGAAUAUAAACAACAUUUGGUCAGCUCAACGUCACCGUUGUCACGA